GUGAAGUGCAUCAAAUUUUCUUUGGGGAACAAGAUACUGGCUGUCCAAAGAACACAAAAAAAUGUGGUAAGAAUUGUCUUUCUCAAAAAUACAAAGAUGUAAAGUAUAAUAUAUGCAUAAGGACAAUGAACUUAAAACCCAUUCUGAUUUAGUAUUUUAAUAUAGUUAGAUAAUAUUAGUCUCUGCCUACAUUCAGUCAUCAGAUUAAGCCAACAUUGUGCAUGUGUCCAGCUUUUUUCCUUGUUCUGAUAGGUGCUUCAGUCCUGCCUCCUUCCCCUUUCUUCCAAUGAAGGAAUCCUGGUUUAAAUCAUAGUGAGGUGCACUAUGUGAGGUGCAAAUGCUGGUGCCCAGGUUAGCCGUUAGCUUCCCCCACCUCUGCCAACUUCUACGCCUGGAUUAAACCCAAUGCUUUAGAAUCUCAUCUUGUGGGGGUAAACCCAGGUGGCUGCAUUUGUCCAUCAUGGCUAACUGCAGUUCGUUUUCAACAAAGAUUUGUUCAUUGUACUCUGCAUAAGAAGGUAAGGGGAAGGAGCUAUAUAUAAGCAUGCGAGAGAUAAGCACAGCUGCAAUCAGGUUCAGGUACAGUGCCUGUUUAACAUUUGUUAACAUGAUGUUUACGUGCAGCUUCUAUGUUAGAAAUAGAUGGGAAAUGUAGGUGAGAAAAACUUGUUCAAGUUGUAUCAUCUUCAUUUGCUUUUAUUAAAAAAAACCUUGAAGUGAGAAUUCAGCAUAAAAUGGUUGAAGAGGUCAUUCAUUCUGAUUCUAUUCAUUUAGCACUCAAUUGAGACCAAGGUUUUCUCUCUUACUACACAUGUUAAAUUAGCAUGGCAAAGUGUGUGUUGUCAGCUGCUGCCAUUGUGAAUGAUUAUUGUUCUCUUCCUGUUUGCAUUUGAGUUCUGCAUAGAUGUGCUGAAUUGCAGUGUAUCUUGCAUUUCAUGGCCUUUUGCCAUAAUGUUUUUCCCUUUAAUGUGCAUAUAUAAUUUAUAUAAGAUGCUAAUUUAGGAUGCAUCUGAUGAAGUAAGCUGUACUUGAUGAAAGUAAUCUCUUGUCUAUGUUCAAGCCUGCCAGCUUUGCCCACAGGUGGGAUCUAUCGAUAGAGUCAAGUGCUGCAGUCAAAUCGACAAAUGCUACAUGUAAAGCCUUCAAGUGACCAUGAAUACCUGAAUAUGGCAAAUGAUAGUCUUAUGAAGCAAACAUGGCUGUCUCUCUGAAAUGUUAGCUAUUUUUUAAAAUCAUCAUGGAAUUUACUGUAUGUCAUUCAUAGGUGUAAUUUGUAACAACUUGUCUCAUGGUUGUUGGGGUUUUUCCGGGCUGUAUUGCCGUGGUCUUGGCAUUGUAGUUCCUGACUUGUCUCAUGUUUUCUUAUUAACAGAUAUUAUCCCUUCCACUCCCACUUACUCAGUAUUACAUCUUAGUGUCAGUAAAGACGAGGGCACCCUCAGAUGGAAAGCUGGGUGUUAAAGGAGAAAAGAGCCUAACAGGAGGCUUAUUUGACAUACUUUAAUCUUUCUUUUUGUGACUCUCUCAGGUUAAAAUAGCCAAGAGAUAGGCAUGCCAUUGAAAUCAGUUGGUUUAGGCAUCUUGAUCUCUGAACAUUCGCUAAUAGCUGUUCUUAACGUCAUUCCAGGAUUUUCUGAACUUCAUUCCAGACAGUCCUCAACUAGAAUAUACUCAAGAAUGCAAGACCAAGAAUGCCAACAUUCUAGGAUUCUGCUGGACAAGUUCUGUAGAAAUAGUCUUCAUAACAGAUCAAGGAAUUGAAUUUUAUCAGGUAUUACCAGAGAAACGAACUUUAAAACUUGUGAAGAGUCAGAAUAUUAAUGUGAACUGGUACAUGUACUGCCCCGAGAGCUCCGUCAUCCUGCUAUCAACUACAGUUCUUGGAAAUGUUUUGCAGCCAUUCUAUUUCAAGGGUGGAGCUAUGUCAAAGCUAUCCAAGUUUGAAAUUGAAUUGCCGGCCGCCCCAAAGGCAUCCAAACUCAGCCUUUCAGAGAGAGAUAUUGCCAUGGCUACAAUAUACGGGCAGCUUUAUGUACUCUACUUGAGACACCAUUCAAGAACAUCCAAUAGUACAGGCGCUGAGGUGGUCCUGUAUCACUUACCAAGGGAAGGCCCAUGUAAGAAGUUGCAUAUACUGAAGCUGUACAGGACGGGCAAGUUUGCACUAAACGUUGUGGAUAAUUUGGUGGUAGUUCAUCAUCAAGAUACUGAGACCUCUCUCAUAUUUGAUAUCAAGCUAAAAGGAGAAUUUGAUGGUACAGUUACUCUCCAUCAGCUUGUACUUCCAGCUCGAUCCAUACAGCCAUAUCAGAUUCCUAUGGCAGGCCCCACUGCUGUAACCAGCCAGUUUCCAGUUCCCUGUAAACUCUAUUCCUCAUCUUGGAUUGUCUUUCAACCUGACAUUAUAAUCAGUGCAAGUGAAGGCUAUCUUUGGAAUCUCCAGGUGAAACUUGAACCUAUAGUAAAUCUGUUACCAGACAAAGGGAAGCUAAUGGAUUUUCUUCUUCAGAGAAAAGACUGCAAAAUGGUUAUUCUUUCAGUGUGUUCUCAGAUGCUGAGUGAACCAGACAGAGGAUCACUGGGUGUGAUUGCCACUGUGUUUGAUAAACUCAAUAAUGAGUAUAAGAAAUACCUGGAAGCAGAGCAGAGUUAUAAUAUGGCAUUAGAAAUUGGACAAAGCAGAAACAAUCCACCUCCCAAACGACCAAUUCGUACUCAGGCCGUUAUUGAUCAGUCAGACAUAUAUACACAUGUCUUGUCUGUCUUUACUGAAAAAAAGGAAGGACCUCACAAGUUUACUAUAGCUGUCUUAAUGGAAUAUAUUCGCUCGUUGAACCAAUUCCAAAUAGCUGUUCAGCAUUAUCUGUAUGAGCUGGUUAUCAAAACCCUUGUCCAGCACAACCUAUUCUAUAUGCUUCACCAGUUCUUGCAGUACCAUGUGCUCAGUGAUUCAAAGCCUCUGGCCUGUUUGCUGUUGUCUCUGGAGAGCAUUUACCCUCCAGCACAUCAGCUCUCCCUGGAUAUGUUAAAGAGACUCUCUACAGCAAAUGAUGAAAUAGUGGAAGUUUUGUUGUCCAAACAUCAGGUGUUGGCUGCGUUGAGAUUUAUCAGGGGCAUUGGAGGACAUGAUAGCAUUUCUGCCCGCAAAUUUCUUGAUGCAGCAAAGCAGACUGAAGAUGAGAUGCUUUUCUAUACCAUAUUUAGGUUCUUUGAGCAGAGAAAUCAACGCUUACGUGGAAACCCUAGCUUCAAUCCAGGAGAACACUGUGAAGAGCAUGUCAUGUAUUUUAAGCAAGUUUUUGGAGACCAAGCUCUAAUGAAGCCUACUAUGUCCUGAAGUACUCAAGCAUUUUCAAUACAA